AUGGUCCCUAAGAUCUUCUUGCUUUUUCUCCUCUUUCUAGCACACCCUCAUCCAUAUGCAUUUGUAAAUGGAGAUACCACUUUGAUCAAAAGCACUUGCAAGAACACUAAGUACUACAAUCUCUGCUUCUCUUCCCUCAAAUCUGAUCCUAGCAGCCCAAACGCUGACCCAAAGGGCCUAGCUGUGAUCAUGGUUGGCAUUGGAAUGACCAAUGCUACCUCCACUUCUUCAUACUUGUCUUCUAAGUUGAUUAGCCCUACCAACAACACAACCUUGAAAAGGGUCCUCAAGGAGUGUGCAGAUAAGUACACAUAUGCUGGUGAUGCCCUCCAAGCUUCUCUGCAGGAUUUGGCUAAUGAGGCAUAUGACUAUGCUUACAUGCACAUCACUGCAGCCAAAGAUUACCCAAAUGCUUGUCACAACGCAUUCAAACGGUACCCCGGUUUGGUUUACCCUCCUGAACUUGCUCGUAGAGAAGAUGGUUUGAAGCAUAUAUGUGAUGUGGCACUGGGGAUUAUUGAUAAUCUCGAUUGGUAG